AAGUGCACAACGGGUACAUAUAAGUACAGUUCAGAACUGUUCAGAAACGCGAAAGUACAAAUCACAUAUAAGGUUAGCAGGAUCACAGCUAAUACCUGCAUGCAUUCGUGGCUGAAGUACAACAAAAUUUAUGAACAAAGUAUUUGUAAACUUCUCAAAGAGUGAAAUAAUAAAAGUCCUUAUUAAAUGUAAACCGGGGAAAAAAAACUGAUAGGAUUGCAUAUUGCAAGACUGAAGGUUCUAAUCUAGGUGCAAGACAUAAUUAGAUAACAUAUACGUAUUAAUUGUAUCGAAAGUUGGGCAGAAAGUCUCAUAACGAUGGCUGCGACAAGGGAAAAGCGUACAAACGCUGGCAAUAAAAUGGCAAGGUUGCUAAACGAAGAAGAGGAAGAUGAUUUUUACAAAACUACAUAUGGUGGCUUUGACGAAGUGGAACAGGAUCACGAUUACUUGGAAGAAGAUGAAGCUGAGGAUGAAGUGGAUUCGGACUUUAGCAUUGAUGAAAAUGAUGAGCCAGUUUCUGAUACUGAACAAGAAGGACCGAAAAAGAAACGCAGAUUAGUAACAAAAGCAUAUAAGGAACCUAAACCUGCCACGUUGCAUACACAUUCGGCACCUAAGGAGAAAAAAAUAAAACAACAAAAACAAGAAAAGAUUUGUGUAGAUAGUAUAGAAAGAAAAUCAAUUCGCCGCUCUACUGCUGCAAAGUCAGCAGCUACACAGAAACGUUUGCGUGAGAGAAAUGAGGAUCAGAGGCGAAAGGUGAAAGUUGUAAAGCAUGAUAUAUGGAAACCUACUCAGGAAGAAUUAUUGGAAGAAGCGUUACAAACAGAAGAGCUUAAUUUGAAAUCCUUAGAAAAGUAUCAGAAACUAGAAAAUGAAAAAAAGACUACAAGGACUGUGAGAAAAACGCAUGUUGGACCAAUGAUUAGAUACCAAUCAUUGUGUAUGCCAGUUAUGGUAUUAUCUGAAGUAAAUGAAGAAGAAAAAAUCAAUGUUGAAUGUGACGAUGAGAAAAAAGGGAAUUCUAAUAAUACAGGUUCUGACAGCUCUCAAAAAGAGAAGAGUGAAACAGAGUCAAAAAUAGAUGGAAAAGAUGAUAAUAAAGAGGGAUCUGUAGAUGCUCCCUCUGCUUCUACUAAAAAGAUACAUGGCGAAGAAACUGGGACAUUUUAUGAACGAACGUUUAUUACUUUUGAAAACGAACAAUCAUAUUCAGAUGUAUUUAAGAAAUCGACACAACAAAGGCCGCCACUGAAACCUUUGUGUGCAAUCACGCGGUUGGCUGCUAAGUAUUUAGAUCCUAUGACACAAUUACCGUAUAAAAAUGUACAGACCUUUCGAUUGCUUCGAGAAGCAUAUUAUCAGCAGUUAGAAGGUCGGACUGAUCUUAACGAUGCCUCUCAAAGUCCAGAAUUAUCACGAUGGCUUGAAUGGCGACAGAAAAAUCAUAGUAAUUCUCAGAGGAACACUAUUCGUCUGGAGUCAGCAUCUUUACCCGUGUCUUCAUAAUCUUUUGCUUUAUAAGUAAUGUAAGUAAUUUAAGAUUAAAAAUGUUAGUUUUUUAAUAAUAACAGUUUUUGUUAUUUCUGUGAU